GAGUUGCUCUUACUCGCCUAUGCAUUGCAACUGACCGGCCAAGACUCUUAAAUUGUGAAGGGGGGACUGGAUGGACUAUGUGUCGGAGUGCGGAAAGCGUUUCUUCCGAUCUUCGGUUUUAAUGUGUGCUUGAUCACGAAGCAACCGGAGGACGGAAGCCGACCGGAAAAUGGCUCAACGGAAACCGAUGAUUUACGCGUUCGUGGCCCGUGGAUCCGACAUACUGGCGGAUUACACCAACUUCAACGGGAACUUCGACUCCAUAGCCUUCCAAUGCUUGCAGAAGCUUCCAGCAUCCAACAGCAAGUUCACCUACAACUGCGAUGGCCACACUUUUAACUACCUCGUCGAUAAAGGCUUCACUUAUUGUGUGGUUGCCGAAGAAUCAGCAGGAAGACAGGUUCCAAUAGCCUGCUUAGAGCGCAUCAAGGACGACUUUGUAUUAAAAUAUGGAGGGGAAAAGGCAUCUGCUGCUCCUUCUAAUAGUCUCAAGAAGGAAUUUGGGCCUAGGUUAAGGGAUCAUAUGCAAUAUUGUGUUGACCAUCCAGAGGAGCUAAGCAAACUCACAAAGGUGAAAGCUCAGGUGUCAGAAGUCAAAGGUGUCAUGAUGGAGAACAUUGAGAAGGUACUAGACCGCGGCGAAAAGAUAGAGCUUCUUGUGGAUAAGACAGAGAAUCUUCGUGAUCAGGCACAGGAUUUCAGAAGCACAGGCACACAACUGCGGAGAAAGAUGUGGCUGCAAAACAUGAAAGUUAAACUGAUAGUGCUGGGAAUCAUCAUCGCAUUGAUCUUAAUCAUCGUGCUUUCUGUUUGUCAUGGCUUCAACUGUGGAAAGUGACACUUACAUCUCUCUUAUGCCCCAUCAUCUCCACCAUUCCUCAUAUCACCAAAAGUGCAUUCACAGUCAUUCAAAACUAUCUGUAAAUGUUUUUUUUUAAUUUCAUUUUUUGGUCGUUAUGUGUGUAUUUUCGUGUCAUCCUAUGGAUAUUUUUGAAUGCUUACCUUGUUGUAGUCUAAACAUUUUGCUGUUUGUCUUAAGUGUCUUUUUACUAUACAUCAUCUGCAAUGUAAAAAUAUUCAUAGGCCCUCUUUGGUCACCUGAAUAGGUGUGAGUAUGGUUUGUCACAUAUCAAGUUUCUUUCAAUAUUUCCCAUGCAAAAAAAAGUAGCCAUAAUGAAUGUCUCAGUUAGAAAAUUAUUAGCAUAAUGCUAGAUAUGAAAAUUUCCAAUGAAAAAGAAAGUGUUUUUCUAUCUCUCAUGGUAAUCCUGAUUAUAAAUCUCAUACACCGGUCCAAGCAUUGGCUACGAUUCUAGAUCACCAUACACGUCUAACUGUUGACUCUAAAAGUUCCUUCUACUUUUCAAUCUGUGUUUUUGUAUUUUCAUAAUCUCUAACUGCCAAUGAUGAUGUGUUAAAUGAAAGGGCAGCUAUGAGCCUCAACCUUCUACUUAAGAAUCUGAAACAUUCCAAAACAGUUUUAUUGACUCUAAAAAUAAGGAAUUCAAAAUUAUCAAUCUCCACAAACCAGUCCAACCAUAAAUCCUCUGCCAAUCAACAUUAUUUGUGGAUCCUCCACAAAAUGCUUUAUGUUGGUAUUACCCGUGAUCCAAUAGUUAUUCUAAUGUUGGAACAUAAGUUGCUGCCAUCAACGGCACAAGACAGGCAAACAUGGUCAGUUUUGAGAUUAAAUGUUACUCUUAGUCUCAUUCUAACACAAAAUAAUAAUGUACAUACCAAUGUAUACAGUAACACGCAUUAAGUGUUGUAGAUAUAGGAAAUUCAUCAAUAUUCAAUCUCAAAUACAGAAUAAAGUUAAAGAUAUAAUACUCCUUCCGUUUCUUAAAACCCUUCCUCUUUCAUUUUUUUUUGUUUUUCUUAAAACACUUCCCCUUUCUAUUAAAAAACCACUUUUACCCCUACUUUUUCAUACCCUACCUAUCACAUCAUACUUUUUCACUAACAACUAAACUAUCACAUCUUACAUUUACCUAUCACAUCAAGGGCAAAAUUGGAAAGUCAACUACAAUUUAACACUUUCUUAUUUUCCCCCAAAGUCAAAAGAGGAACUCUUUUGAGAAACGGAGGUAGUAUUAAAUAAAAGGGAAAAAUGUAGGGAGAGUAAGACCUGUAGAUAAUCGUUUUCCAAUUCAGCACCUACUUGUGCUCCAAUCAUCUGGCAAUCGAGAGCUACCAUACCUAAUGCAAAACCUAAACUAUGAUCGUUACUGUAUUUGUGUUAAAGAGAUGCGACAAAGUGUUCGGCUCUUGUGUAUUUCCACAACAGGUCCAAGAAAAAGGGAAAAAAGAAGCUCGUAUUUUAUAUUUAUAAACAAUAGGGGAUUAGCUAGGGAAUGAUUAAAACGGUCAUACAUCAAAACUAAAAACACAACAUUAGUGCUUUUUGGCAAGACAUUCAAAAUAUGUAAAUCAUUUCCAGAAAAAAAUCCAAUUAUGAGCUUCCAAUCCGUAGUGGGAAAGACAAAUGAUUUAAAGAGUUAAAACCCAUCGCACGGGUCAAAAACACAGCAUU